GCUGAGAUUGAUUGCUUACUUUGGUUCUCACCACUUGCGCUAUGGAUGUCGUCGCUGAGCGGAGUCACUGAGGAUCCUGGCGCAUUGAUCCGCCGUGUCGCCACCAACUUAGGCUUUGCCGCACGGGAUGCCGAGAACUUCUCGUUUUCUUUGCAGAAGUACUCAACUUGUGAGUCACUGGCUCGCAUCACUGAUGAUGAGGCAUUCGAGCUAUCACUGCCAUUGGUGUUGGUUCGUGCAGUGAGACACGAGGUGCGUGGUAUGCGAUUUGAGAAGCCAGUGAUGCGGUGUGUAGUGCAGCCACCUUUGCACGAGGUGCCCGACGCAGAGGUUUGCAGCGAUACCAGUAGCCGACCCACAGAGAUUUGUCACUGUCCUCCAGGGUCGGAAGCCGCACACGCCAUCCAGGGCUCCAGCACUCCUCAGAGUCAGGUUACGAUCUCCCCACGUAGCCUGUGCGAAGAUCACAUCCAAGUCACCCAAGGCCAAGUCAGUGAGAAAUGUGAAAGGCCUGAAAGGCGAUACUCUGGCAAGGCUGAAGUUCGUUCAGCACAGGCAGGCAAUCAAGGUCCCCCGCUUCAAGUGCGAGCAGCUAGUUUGGAAGUUCCGCCAGCAUCGUGUGGCAAGGUGGCUUGCCGAGGUUCGCGACUACCAAGCACCGGCAGCACAACCUUUCCUUCCAACACGUCAACAACAACAACAACCAGCAGCAGUAGUUCUGCUGUGACAGGUGGCACACACGCGCGAAGAAUUGUUACUGCAAUAACACGGGUUACGCCAAGACCCCGAGUCGGUCGAGAAGAGGCCAAGAAGCCUGCGCAAAGCUCACCAAGGAGCAUCAUCACCGUGCGGACUUCGCAAGGCAACAAUCCAGUCCGCCCACAGGGUGGCUCUCUAUAUGUGCCACCUCCACGUCGAACAAGCGAUGGCCACAACCCUGAGGCAUGGCCAGGGCGCACCACUAGCCCACGGCGAUCAGAAAAGCCAGACCCUGACUCCGGCACACCAGCGUCUGCCCUUGUACCGGCAAGGAACCUGAGGCAAGAGAUGCCAUGGCCAAAACCCUCGGGACCAGCCAGCGCAGCAUGUCCAGUGGGACGGAUUCGUCGCACGGGCAGGCUGGAAAGCCCAGAUCGUCGGGCACCGUGCAGCGGAAGACGCCUCGGCGCUAGUCGGGAGGACACUCGAGUGGUUUCACCACCGACUCAAACACCUCCAAAAAAGACCUGCGAAGAGGAGCCUGUUGCGCCUCAGAAGUCUCCAGCAAUGAUGGCCAGACAAGGAAGCUCCGUGGCACUGGGCAUGGCAGGUGCGUUGAACAUGUCACCGAGUAAUCAUGCCCUGUUUUUAGAAAACAGCCCCGGCGACCGACACAACUCCUGGCAGCCGACGCCACAAAACAGCUGCUCAGGUUACCAGCUGGUCUACCGGCCCGAUGUUCCACUCAGUGCGAGGCUGCCUCAUGCGGCCAGGGCUAGCAGCAUGGAGCUACCGCCUGGCCAGAAUCAUGGCCGCACCUUCGAUCGGCCGCAAUCCAGAGGAGUUGACCUCUUCGGGAACCCGGACCACUUCAGAGGCCAGCGAUCGAACAGCUCGAAGAACUCAUCAGGCGGUGUAGUACCUCCUGGGGUUAUUGUUCGACCCAAAGCACUCCCCACAGGCUUCGCGCCAGGCCUCCUGUGGAACAUCCAGGUGUCCAGGCCAGUCCGCCCUAUGUAUCCAGGUGCCAAGUCUUGGCAGCCACGGGCAUGAUUAUCUCAGUGCGGAUGUAUUUUAGGUUUGCCAAGAUUCCGGAAAGGCACACGGUGGCCACUGCCAUAUGCCUACCGUCGC